CGACCUCUGCGUUGAUCCACUUCCUCCUUACAUAAUCCGUUUCUUCACAACCGAGAACACAGCAACGCUUCACCGCAGCAAAAAACAUGUCAGGGCUCCUAAGGAUCGUCACCAGGCGCGCUGCUCCUGUACUGAGGGGACACACCAUCACUCAGAAGGCCAAUGUCUUCGGUGCCCCGGCCAAGGAGAAUAUCGGCCCAGUAGAAACUGGUAUUGCUCUCGCUAUGUUCUCCCUGGCCAUUCUGGGACCAUCUGGCUGGAUCCUGGCCCACCUCGAGGACUACAAAAAGAAACAGUAGAAUGGACAUUUUAACAGUAUCUUACCUUGUGUCUCCGGAGACAACCUGGGACCAUCACCAGAACAUGGAACACGUUUUACAUUUAGACUCUACCUCUCUCACAAUUCCACUCCACAUACCCUAAAGAAAGCAACUGUUUACUAAAUUGACUGAUACAUGAAACAUUGUAUUGUAGUUCUUUCCUCUUAAACAGUACUGUUACAAGAAUAAAUGUUAAACAACA